UCUGCCGGCAGACCACAGACCAUAGAAGGACCGUAUUUCACCUACAAGAAACCGGGCGCGGAGGAGGAUUUCCCUGCAAGGAAUACCUACACCGGUACUCAGCUUCUGGGGUGUAACAAUGUACGUUGGCUGAGGAGAUGCUUUUAACCAAAAGGGGGCCACAUUUCAUCUCAUGCCCUGACUCCAGCGCAGGAUUUCCUUCUGUACCACGCAAAACAAGGACACCUCGGUCCUGGAUUACCAUGGCCGUUUUGUGAUUCUAAUUUGUUUUUAUUAAAAAAAGAAGAUCCUUGAGAUAUUUUAGUUUUUUUUUUAAUCCUUUACAAAAAUGACGACCUCGUCAAUAAGAAGACAAAUGAAGAACAUUGUUAAUAAUUACUCCGAGGCGGAGAUAAAAGUCCGGGAAGCCACCUCCAACGAUCCGUGGGGCCCCUCCAGCUCCCUUAUGACAGAGAUCGCCGACCUGACCUACAACGUGGUGGCUUUUUCUGAAAUCAUGAGCAUGAUCUGGAAGAGACUAAACGACCACGGGAAGAACUGGAGACACGUUUACAAAGCUUUGACCCUGCUGGAUUAUCUCAUCAAGACUGGUUCAGAGAGGGUGUCCCACCAGUGUAAGGAAAACAUAUUUGCCAUACAGACGCUGAAAGACUUCCAAUACAUUGACCGGGAUGGCAAAGACCAGGGGAUUAACGUACGGGAAAAGUCAAAACAGUUGGUGAGCCUCUUAAAAGAUGACGAGAGGUUGAAGGGCGAAAGGGCCCAGGCACUAAAGACCAAAGAGCGGAUGGCUCAGGUGACUACUUCGGUAGGGAGCAGCAACCAGAUCAGUUUUGGCCGAGGAUCUAGCCAGCCAAACCUGUCUACUAGCUACUCCGAACAGGACUAUGGGAAAUCUGGUGGCUCUCCGGCAUCUUACCAUGGAUUCAUGUGUGAGGUCCUAGCAGCUACUUCCCCCCGAGUCUCGUCGGAGUUGGAGCAGGCCAGACCCCAGACCAGCGGAGAGGAGGAGUUACAGUUACAACUGGCGCUUGCCAUGAGCCGGGAGGUGGCGGAGCAGGAGGAGCGUAUCCGUCGAGGGGAUGACUUGCGACUGCAGAUGGCACUGGAGGAAAGCAGAAAACACACCAUAAAAGUUCCUAAAAAGAAAGCGCAGCAAACAUCAUUGUUGGACCUGAUAGACGCGCUGCCUGCGGGGGCCGCAGCCCCACAGAAGUCCGAGCCUUGGGCAGCAGUAGCAACAACAACAUCAACAUCGAAUAACCAGCAGGACCCCUGGGGAGGCGCUGGUGCCUCUCAAGCCUCCGCAGAUCCCUGGCAGUCUUUUGCAGGUACAAAGGCAACUGCGACUGGCGACCCUUGGGGAACGAACGCAGCUUCAUCAACACAGCCUCUUCCAAAAAGCCAGGACCCCUGGGCACCAUCGCCGGUCACCGGAGUGGCUAAUUCUACAGCGGACCCCUGGGGACCUGCUCCAGCAAUUAAAACUAGCAAAAGCACAGGUGGCUCGUCCUUUGACCCCUUCAGCAAUUUAAAUGGGAGCGCGAAAGAUGAUUUCUCUGAGUUUGACAGCCUGAGGUCUUCUUCCAAAGUAUCAGCGGACUCCAUAUCUACUCUGCCGUCCUUACGAAGCGGCACCACCAGUCCCGAUCUAUUCGAUUCUCAGUCUGUCACCACUACCAGCAAGCAGACCGUAGCGCGGAAAACCCCGGAAUCCUUCCUGGGCCCUAACGCCACCUUAGUCAACUUGGACACGCUGGUCACCAUGCCCACGCAGCUCGCCCCUACAUUUAACCCAUUCUUGGGAUCAGGAGCCCCCGCACCAGUAUCCAUUCCCGUCGUCAACCCCUUCCAGGUCAAUCAGCCCCAAGCUCUCACGCUCAACCAGCUGCGUUCCAGCCCUAUGAUGGGAGUCAGUCCGUCCUUUAACACGUUGCCAGCCACUGCUAGUGAGGUCUCCGUGCCACCCCCAUUACUCGGAGUCUCAACGUUGCCUGCUGUACCAACAACGGGACUGGGAAUAAACAUGAACAAGCCGGCCACCCUUCCCCACCACAGCUCGUCCAUCCCGCCCUCAGCUGCACAAGCCAUGAAUGCCACCAACCCUUUCUUGUUAUGAAGGGCAGGAUGUUGGGAGCGGGGAGAUGGACAGGAUAAUGUAUAACUACACACUACACUAUGGAGUUACACCGCUUGGCUGUAGGCAUCUCCCACUGAGGAGUCAUGUCUGGCAGGUCCAUCUUCGAGGGUGGGAGUGAUGUGGGCCUGGUCGACUUGAACCUACUUCCUGGGAAGCGAUGAUGACACCAAGGAGUUCUUUCACGGUAAAUGUAAGCGGCACGCUCCUCGCCGAAGCCAGGCCUCGUCCUUUCUGUCUUCUACAACGUUGCGGAUUAUCACGGUAUUCCCGAUGGUGCACAGUCUCUUGCUCACUGAGGCUCUCUGUCCUUCGCUCACAACGGCCACGGUGCAACGAUUGGUUUACGCCGGCGAGGGAAAAUCAAACAAGCAGCUUGUGGAUUUGCAGCAGGCGUCCCUGCAAGGAGAUAAUAUAAUGGGGUCUGGGUAUUUCUAAAGUGGGAGAGUUGAUGAAUGAGGACAACUGUGGUGGUGCGGAUCUGACAUGAGAAUGCAUUGUGUGCCUACAAAAACACCUACACGGUUAUGUUACCCUUUUAGAUCUAACACGUCCACACCAAUGGGUUUGAUUUAUGAUUUUUUUUUAUAACAGAGACGGGAUCUUGAAUCGUCACUAUACUGUAACCCAUUGAACUUACAGACAGAGGCUUAAAGCAGUACAUAACUAGUUCCUGUAAAGAGUCCAAGUCGCCUACAUACAGCGCAGGCAGCCAUUUUGCAGGCAUAAUUAGUAUUGCAUACGCCACACACCAGGAACUGGUGACAUCAGUGAGGCUGUUCGCACCUCAUGCCUUAGUGUUGUCACUAGCAGUUUCUAGCGCAUUGAUUGGCUGAACACGGCUCAGCACACAAAAUGGCUGCCUCCUCUGGGCCUAGGCGAAAGGUACUCCUUGAAGAUUACCAGACAACUAAUGUAUGAGGUGUGCAUCUGGAAACUGAUGGUUAUUUUAAAAAAAGAAUAUAUAAAAAAAAAAACUUAUUUGCAUCAUCACCAAAUGAAGCCCAGGAUUGUGUCUAUAAAACUAUUCUUUACCUAAAAUAAAAACCUAUAUUUUCAUCA